GAGAUGGCUUUUAUCAGAACGAGGCUUGUCAUUGAACUUUGUCGAAACUUCAGUGACAGUUCCUCCACUCUGGUAGGCUGUUCGCAACUGGUUAAUGUGGUUCGAAACAUUCCAGGAACAGUGAGUGAACGCCGUUCGGUUUGGGGAAAAAGUUGGAUCUUAUUGUGGGCGCGAAGGGAAGUGUCGUCUGGUUGUGAUUUCUUUGUCUGGUGCUGCCGGAGCGAGCUAAGGUGCUGAAGAAAGUACUGCAGGAAACAUGGACAUGAAGGUCUUCCUGUUCGCGUGUCUGUUGUCAGGUUUAACAUUGGUAUCCUCCACCCAGGAAACGGCCCCAACUCAAGCCCCCACAGGUGUGGACACACAUUCUGGACCCUGUUCCUCAUCCUCGCUGUGCUACUGCUGCAGGUGGACCAAUAGACCGACAGAGAACAGGUGUUCCAACCAGUUGUGUCUGGAGAUGUCCAACGGAGUGUGUGUCAGGAAGGCCAACAACUCAGGAUCUGACAAACAAUGUCAAACCCAUCCUGAGCGCGUGUGCUCCUCUUGUUGCAAACGCCUCCAGAGUCCAGCGACGUGUUCUGUCCAAGAACCUCCUCGUCCGAGACCCCAAAUUCGACGUCGUCGUAACGAGCAGUAUUUUCAAUCUGAAACCCAAGCCUGCUGCCAGCAGGUCCAAAGUGUUCGUAUGUUGUGCUGCAUGGGUGCACCCAGGCCCCCUUGCUGUGCAGUCAUACCCUCCUCUGAGCAAAUCCUUGUUCAGAUGGAGGCUCAGCGUAUUGCUCGUGUGAGGGCUGAGCAAGCGGCCGCUCUUCAGAUACGAAGAGAGGCUGAACACCGCGAGGCCCUAAGGAUCGCUGCUCUGAGAGAGGCUGCAGUGCGAGAAGCUGAGGCUCGGCAAGCUGCCAUGGACGCUGCUCGACUCGCCGCUAUUCGGGCCCAAAGGGUGGCUGAACAACGUGAGGCCGAAAGAAUUGCCGUUCUGAGGGAGGUUGCGGCGCGUCAGGCUGAAGCUCGGGAAGCUGCUCGUCUUGCCGCUCUUGAAGUUGCCCGAGAACGAGAAAUGAGGGCGACAGAGGCUCGAUUGGCUGCUCUCAGAGUUCAGAGAGAGGCAGAGCUUGCUGCUCAGCACGAAGCUCUUCGCUUGGCUCAGGUUGCCGCAGAAACUGAGGCAGCUCGUCUUGCUGAGCUUCAGCUCCAACAGGAGGCAGCUCGAGGUGCAGAGGCCAGAGCCCAGGCGGAGCGGGACAACCUUGCAAGGCUUCAGGCCGAACAAGCUGCCGAACUCCAAGUCCAACAGCAAGCUGCUAUGGCCGCUCAGCAUGAAGCCGACCGCCUUGCUCUCAUCGCACGAAGGGUUUGCAGUAGCUGUGGUUCAUCCGCCCAACCCCUUCGAGUCCCCGAGGCACAGAGACCAGCUUGUUGUUCUUCUGCAGCCCAGCCCCAGCCCCAGGUCCAGGUUACAACCUGUUGCUCAGGGGCCAGCCUGCCCGCGCCGCGUGCUGCUCAUCCGCUACCUACGUAAGUUCGACCCCUUCUUGUUGCGGAGCUUCACAACCUCAACCUCAGAUUAGCUCUUCACAGGGUCGUGUCGUCUGCUGUACAGAUUCAACGUCAGCUCGUGUGAAUUGCUGCAGAGCAAAUGGCUGGAUGGGUGUCUGCUGUUAAAUCGCUCAGUUGAGUUUGCCUAAUUCUUGAGCUUACUUUACAAACUCCGUCUGACACGGGUUAAACUCUUGUUCGGACGUAUGAAACUAACUCUGUUUUGCAUAAAUGAUAGCAGUAUCAGUGUAUGCAGUUGGUUGUCAUCAAAUGGUACCUUACGCAUCGGAAAGCUGCAACCUUCAUGUGACUAGUUACGUAACACUAUACUGAUUGUCCAUACCCGGUGAUUUUCUAUCCACUUUUGUAUGUCUUACAAACUUGUUACUUUUAAUCUCUCAAUGUAGUUGAUUUAGUUGCUCCAUUGCUUUGGUUAGCUCCCCAAUGAAAUGUACCUCUCUACCUGUAAUUCUUGAUUUCUCGGCCUAUUGUUUGGUAUUUGUCACCAUGCGUAGG